AUGGAAUCGUUUGUGUUGAACGUUAUUUAUGAAAUUGUGACUUAUCAAGGGAUGAAAUAUGAGAGACAGCGAAAGGGAGAUGCGCAACAUCCAGCUGAUGCCGCACUCCGAUCCGAAGAUGGGGACGAUGCAUGCGAGUUGAGAUCCCCGGAGCGACAACCAUCCGGUCCCAACCUCCUGACGGUAUCGUCACAGCAACAACAAUUGCCCCGACUGCGGCUAUUACGUCAACAGCUAUUGGUUCUUCGUCACCUCUAUGCUAAUGUUCAACUUGGUGUUAUAUGCACGCAGCGGGACGUUUAUUACCGGCUGGUUCGGUUUUUUCCGGAUCAGGGCUGUGUCAACCGUGUCAUUCAACAACUAGUCCAACAACUCGGUUUGCCUCGACAGCUGUUGGGUGUUGUUCCGGGAACACGCGGUUGUGUAGGCGGUUCAUUAAGCUUCCACGGAAUUGAUUUACGGCGGUACUCGUCUGAGGGUCUUCCAUUACCUGUUCUACGGGAGGAACUAAGUGUUGUGUGGCGCCCGAAACAUGAAUGUGAGUCAAUACCCGUCCAUUCCCCUGAUGAUAUUGAAGGAUUUGAACUUCACAACGACAUACGCUACAUUAUUGUUGUGGAAAAGCAUGCAGUGUUUUUUCGGCUGAUGGAAGAAAAAAUAUUUGAUCGGGUUUCGUGCGUUUUAUUAACCUCCCAUGGGUUUCCCACCGCUGCAGCUUUGACGCUGCUUUCAAAUUUGCAUCGGACGGCAACAGAUGUUGGUGUACCUGUCGUCGCACUGGUUGACUAUAACCCCAGUGGGCUUUCAAUUCUCCAACAGUACAAACAUGACACGGGACGGAUUCAAGAAAACCGUUAUGCUUCCGUUCACUCACUACGAUGGUUAGGUUUGCGUGGAUGCCACGUUUUGCAUGAUGGGAGUACUGAAGUAGCGGAUUCUCAAUGUUUGUCAUCAGGAAUUCAUGCGGGUGAUGCGGUGGGUCAUAUACCGCGUGUUGCUCGCCUACCAUUCCAGCCGUUUACUCAACGCGAUGAUGUUAUGAUUUCAAACAUUAUUGCAAGAUGGGCCGCUAUUUGGAAGGGAUGUGACGAUGGCGAAGAUGCGCAGCGUGUGUGGUUUAGAGAAGCCCAAAUAAUGCAGACGUCACGUGUUAAGGUGGAGUUGGAGGCGAUCUAUGAGUGUAGUGCAAGUGGCCCAUACGAACCUACGCAAAAAGGAUUUUCCUCACAAUCUUUACAUAAAGGCAGCUUCUCUACGUGGGUGUGUAGGGGAUUAUUUAGGCGGGACUACAUUUAG